AUGGCCCCCACUGUCGUCCUCAUCCCCCCCGCAAAAGAAAAGCCCCACCACCCCCACUGGCGCGCCGAAGUCAUCGCCGGCGCUUUCGCCGCGAUCCUCCUCAUCGCCCUCGCCACAAUCGGCCUGCACGCCUACUACACCCGCCGCCGCCGCCUCGCCCACCGCUCCCCCUCCUCCAUCUCCCCCAACUCCCGCAGCUGGCCCGGCCACCACCCCUCCUCCCCUGACACGAACGGCUGGGUCACGGCCGGCACCGGCAUGUCCGAAAAGCGCUACUGGAGCUCCGUCGCGCAGAGCGGGUGCGCCGAGGUCGCGGAGCGGAAGCUGAGUGCGCAGGGGUACGGCGGGGUGCGGGAGGGGGGGAGGAGCGGGAGCGGGAUGAGCGGGACGACGGUUGGGAGUGCGGGAGGGGUGCGGGUUAGCUAUCGGCGGGCGGAUGAGGCACCGUUUGGGGGGUUUGGGAGGGUGGCGAAGAGAGAGCGCGGGUAUGGAGUGAAGGGGAGGGAGAGAGAGGGAGGUAGGGAGGGAGGGAGAAGAUGA